AUGCAUUUCACAAAGAAGAUCGACCGAGCCUUUCAAUGGGCCGGCGAAAAGAUGGGCGCUGAAGCCCGAACUGCUCAUUCCGAUGAGUUCAAGAAUCUCGAGACCGAGAUGACUUUGCGACACGAUGGUAUGGAAAAGAUGCAGCGAUCUAUGACCGGCUACGUGAAGUGGAUGUCUCGUCGCAAUGAGCUCAUGGAAGAUAAGGAGCGCGGCACCCCAACUUCGUCGCUUGGUCGUACCAUGGCCACCCAUGGUGAGGACUUUGAGCAAGAUUCCGAGUUCGGAAACUGCCUCUUGUCCCUGGGUCGUGCCAACGAGCGCAUCGCCGGUAUUCAGGACUCCUAUGUUGACGCCGCCAAUGCCACUUGGCUGGAGAACCUCGACAGGAGUAUGGCAAUGAUGCGAGAGUACCAGGCUGCUCGCAAGAAGCUCGAGAACAGACGCCUCGCUUAUGAUGCCAGCUCAGGCAAGCUGCAAAAGGCCCGCCGUGACGAUUUCCGCGUCGAAGAAGAAGUUCGCAUGAAUAAGGCCAAGUUCGAGGAGACCAGCGAGGACGUCCUUCGUCGCAUGCAAGAUAUCAAGGAGACAGAGGUGGACAACAUUGCUUCUCUCACUCAGUUCCUCGAGGCUGAGCUUGAAUACCAUGAGCGCUGCGCUGAGGAGCUACGACGAGUGCGCCAGAGCUGGGCUGGUGGUGCCUCUUCGCCCACCAGUGCUCCCAAGAUCGGCCGAAGCCGAUCUAACACUGCUCGCUCCUGGCAAGAGCCUCGUCACCAAGCUGUCUACGAAGAGCCCGAGCCGGAACAAGAGUCUGCUCGCAUCCCUCACCGUUCUCCUGGCAGCCGUCUCGCACCUCCUCCUCCUCAGCCUGCACGACCCACGAUCGGACGCGCCUCAACUUAUGAAGGACGCUCCUCUUCUACAGCUACACCACUUGCCAACCUCAGAGUUCCCGGUGCUCCUCUUGCCCGCGUUGCUACUGACACCGGAUCAUAUGGACGACACGACGAUGUAUUCUCUGACGACGUUUCAACAAGCCGAAGCGGUAGCCCUGACUGGGAACACCGCACUGCAAGCCCCGCAACUAGCUAUGGAAGUUUGAGUCGAAGCACAAGUGGAUUGACUCUUGGAAAGAAGCCACCACCACCUCCUCCUAACAGGGCCAAGAAGCCUCCACCUCCUCCUCCUGCGAGAAGGGAAAACUUGGGUUAUUGA